UUGCGAGUGCAAUAUUAUAAAUAAUUUAAUUCAGAACUAUAAAGAUACUUCUACGAGUAAUAUUGGUACCAUCUUGUCUGAACAUUGAUUAAAAAUUACACGUUGAUUGUUGUGUUUUUUUCCUGAUGCGGAGUAGUCACUAGCGCCACUAGUAAUCGUCCGCUCUUGACCGGGUUUCGCGCCAUCUACGGUGCGUGGCAGCCCCUGGUUUUGAGGCUACGCCGGGCGCGGACCAAUGGGAGUUCCCCCUCCUGGUAUAUCUGGCAUUUGAAGCAAGAUGGCUCUCAGUAUAAAUAUAAGAUCAGCUAUUUCCACAUCAGCCUCGAUUAAUUACCAGACUUAUGGGAUUUCGGCGUGUUUGCCCACCGGAAACAUAAUCUACUCGCAGUGGGACGUCGGCUAGGCGCAUCCAGGGCCCGCGGACGCGACCAGAACGCCCCGAAAACAGUGCGGCCCGAAGUCGGCGACGAACGCGUACGGCACUCCAUUUGCACGAGGCAGGCUGAAACACGCGUUUUGCCCGGAACCUCCUGGGAAGCUGCGCGUCGCUCGAUUUCGCGACUUCCCAGUGCCACCAACGUUCGGUUUUGGCGACCCAUCGGAAUGAUCGUGGCGUGAAGUGCUUUCGUGCAGGUGUUUCGACGGCAGCGACGAUCGUUUUUGACAAGCACAGCGGCUGACCGUCUACAAGGAGGUCGAAAAGUGUAUUUCCUAAUGUCGUGCGCCUGACCAAUUAGUACGGACAGCCUCGAUUGCCGCCGAAGGAACACGUGAAUCGCGCGCCUGUGACACAGUGCCGAGAUACUUUUCCGAGUGGGUUACCUGCCGAUUCGCCGACGAAUGCGCGCCCGAGUUGUGUGCGCAUGUUUCGACGCUGAAGUGACCAUGGUGGAGUCUCCUUCGGCGUUCCGCUGCUGCUGCGGUGUCACUCGGCAUUGAUCAACAGGCAGCAUGACGAGCAGGCUCGACCGUCUGUUUCUCCUCCUGGACACGGGCUCCUCACCAGUGACACGACGAGCGGCCGCGGUCCAGUUGGGUGAAGUGCAGAAGCUCCACCCACAUGAACUGCACAACCUGCUGGCCAAGGUCCGCAAGUACCUGCACAGUUCAUCAUGGGACACGCGCAUAGCAGCGAGCCAAGCUGUGGAGGCCAUUAUAUCCCAUGUGCCUCAGUGGGACCCACCGGGAUUGUCCAAGGAGGAGCAAGCAGACGGCGAGUCUGCAAAGCCUGGAGCAGCUAAUGCGAAGUCUCCAUCACACUGGAUGCGCUUUGAGAACUUUGACCUCCACCAAGUUCUAAAGCAUGGCGGUGACCUCCUCGCAUCCGAGGGUUCAGAGUUUGACCUCGAUGACGACCUUCUCGGUGGCUCACAGUCCAAGGAGGUGUUGCUGCAGCAGCGGCGGCUGCUCAACCGGCGCUUGGGCCUCGAGAUGGCCGAACACAUUGGCCUCGACACCUCCGAGCUCUUCUCGGUCGAGGAUCUCAGCCUCAACUGCAGCAGCGGAGGAGUGGGGCUGCGGACGGGCACGACGACAACAGGCGGCGCCAUUGCUGCGCCCCCGCCAUUUGUCCAGCUGGAGUGUAGCACCACAUCGGGAUGUCAUCCAGAAUGUGGUGUUCCUCCGAGCCCAGUCACAUCGUUGCCCUCCAGCAUGGCGGGGGUGGGCCACAUCUCUGCUCCCCCGCCGCCGUGUUCCUCGCCGGGCCUGUUCCGUGGCCCCAAGCGACGUGCGAGCCUCGCCAAGGAUGGGCCCGGCCUGUCCAAGAGGCUCUGCGGAGGAGGUGCUGCCAACGCCGUGGCCAUCAAGGAAGAGGUGCCAUCUGAUGGCACCACGGGCGAGAACCUCUGGGAAGAGUGUUCGGGUGAAUGGCCCCUGGAGGCCUUUGUGGAGGCCCUCUGCCAGGACCUGUUCAGUGCGGCCUGGGAAGUGAGGCACGGUGCAGCCACGGCACUGCGCGAGGUGGUCCGGCUGCACGGCCGCGGAGGGGGACGCGCCUUCGGCACAACCACGGCACAGAUGGAAGCAUCCAACCAGCUGUUCCUGGAAGACCUGUCUCUGCGGCUGCUGUGUGUCCUUGCUCUGGACAAGUUUGGGGACUUUGUGUCCGACCAGGUUGUGGCACCCGUCCGUGAGACCUGUGCCCAGACCCUGGGCCAUGUUCUGAACCUGAUGACGAGUGACAAGUGGGGCUGCAACUCUGACGUGGACGGCGCAGUGAAGUGCUCUGCCGGAGCAGGCACCUGGGGUGUGCUGCGAGUGCUGCUGCAGCUGCUGCAGCGGCCCGAAUGGGAGGCUCGUCACGGCGGCCUGCUGGGCAUCAAGUACCUGCUGGCUGUACGCAAGGACCUGACGUCUGUGCUCAUCCCAGCCGUGUUUGAGCCCGUGUUUCAAGGGCUACAGGACCAGAAUGACGACGUGAGUGCCGUCGCGGCCGCUGCACUGGUGCCGGUCACCGAGGACUUGGUCAAGACUCUGCCCCACCAGGUUCCACGAGUGGUGCGGACGCUGUGGGACGCCCUGCUUGAGCUGGACGACUUGACCUCCUCGACUAGCAGCAUUCUCAUGCUGCUGGCAGCACUACUCUCGCACUCCACCUCGGUUAAGACAACUCGAGGGUCUGACGGUGUUGGCUGCUUACAAGACAGUGAGCAGAGGAUGGUGAAAAAUGUGGAUGACACGGCGAGCAUAAACAGCAGCUGCGGUGUCGUUGCCGGUGGGGGUGUGCCCUUGGCCCAGUGGGUGCCUCGGCUGUGGCCCUUUCUGGGUCACAAUGCGAUUGCCGUGCGACUGUCCGUGCUGCGUUCGCUCCUCAUCCUCUGCUCGGACAAGGGCGCUCCACUGCCGCUGAGCGAGUGGAUCCCGGCUCUGUUGCCGUGUAUGCUGCGCCUGCUGUACCAGCGUUGCCUGCUGGAGACGUCAUCUGAUGUCCUCGAUCUCAUCUACCAGGUUUGGGAGAAGGUGGUGCGCGGUGCCCCCCUGGGUCCUCUGCUGACCGCUGCCUGCCCCUACCUGAGCUCCUGGCUCUGCCUGCUCAUGCACCCAGCUCACCUUCAGGUUGACGUCGUGGCCCUGCAGUGGCUGGUCCUUCCACCUAACCUCAAGCCUGACAAGAGGAUGCGGCGUCCUGGCAAUGUCGGUGGCUGUGGGCCACUACAACCACCAUGUUCAAUUGAGGGUGGCCCCGGUGUCACCACAGUGUUGGGUGGGGGGGAGGUGUACCUGGCGGGUGCAGAAUCGCUGAACGAGAGCCCCGUGGAACGGGAGCGCCUGGUCCUGCAGUGCCGCUGCAUGGCUGCCAAGCUGCUUGGCCUGCUGUCGGGUUUUGUGACUCGCCCGAUGCCCGGCCUGGAAGUGCCGCCCGUGGAGAGCCCCGUGGAGAGCUUUGCCCGGCUGGUGCUUUUCCACCUGGCCUCCAAGAGUGCCCUGCAGCGCAUGAUGACCGCUGCCGUCAUGGCACACUGGGUCACCCUGCACCCGGAGGACCACCUGUGCCCGACAUCGGUGCGUGACCGUGUGCUGGAAUGCCUUGGGGAGACGCUCUACUUUGACGAGAUGGCCAGCAGCUUCACCCGCCUGCAGCAGGACGCGCGGGACUUCAUUGCGCUUCUGCGACACUUCCAGUUGCCCCUCAGUGUGGGAUUCCCCGCAAAUGUGGUACUGACAGUGGACCAAGUGAUAGAGCUAGUGACCACAGUGUUCCACGGCCUGGUGCAGGAGGUACGCGUCAAGCCAAAGGUUCUCGAGAACCUAGAGGAGAAGCGCAAGUUUCUGCUACGCACAGCUCAGCAGAUGCAGAAGGACCAGAUCUCAUUAACUACCAGGGUGCAGUCUUCGCUGGCCACUUUCCUGGUGCGGCUAAACCAGUUGCCGGAGAAGCUGAACCCGGUCAUCCGUCCCCUGAUGGAGUCCAUCCGCCGGGAGGAGAGCCCCCUGCUGCAGGGGGAGUCAGCAGACAGCCUGGUGCACCUGAUGAGCAGCUGUGUGGAUCGUACCCCGUGCCCGACCAGCAAGAUUGUGCGCAACCUGCUCACGUACCUCUGCUUAGACCCAAGUGUGGCGCUACCUGCUGCGGCACCGGGCACCCCGUCGGUGACACCGUCAACGGCACCCAUUCUUACUCUGGCCAACAUGCAGAAGUCUGCGGAGCGGGCCCCGGUGCGGCGCUCGGGCUCGGUGUCGGGCGGUCGCAAGGGAUCCCUGCAGGCUGCGCAGUCGGUCGAGAGCGUGGACGACUCCAACAGUGCCGAGGACGAGAAUGUUCAGCGGCAGAACGAGAUACAGCGGAAGGGCGCUGCCCAGGUUCUGUCCUUGGCAACCGAGCACUUUGGGGUGUCCCUGCCCGGCCAACUACCCAGCCUGUGGGAGGCCACCGUGGAGCCACUACUCCGGAGGGGCAGCACUGCCGACGCGGCAGCGUUUGCGGGUGAUGUUGUGCGCAACGGUGAAGCUGAACCCUCGAGUGAGGCCGUACAGGCCAAGACACAUGAGCUGACCACAGCUCUGCAGGCCCUGGAAGUGAUUGGGCCACACCUACACCCAGGGCUUUACUCCAAGCUGGAUGCAGUACUGCCACCACUGUGUGAUGCCCUGGACCACCCGGCUCCAGUGGUGCGUCACCUUGCUUCCCGCUGCUUUGGCAUGAUGGCCCGAGUGCGGACAGUGCCAACCAUGGCCACUGUGGUCGACAGAGUCUUGGCCAAACUCGGGGCUUCGGACGACGACGUCCAACGACUGGGAGCCGUUGAAGCCAUUGCCUGUGUCAUUGAGGGCCUCUCCCUGGGCAUUGUGCCGUACCUGGUGUUCCUGGUGGUGCCUGUGUUGGGGCGCAUGAGUGACCAGAACGAGGCCGUCCGGCUCAUGGCCACCCACUGCUUUGCCGCCCUGGUUCGCCUGAUGCCCCUCGACAGCGGGGCCAUUGACGAGGCAGGAGGGUCCCUGUCAGCUGACUUGCGCGAGCGCCGAGCGAGUGAGCGCCACUUCCUGGAGCAGCUCAUGAACGCACGGCAUGCGGACAACUACGAGCUGAGCGUGCCCAUCAGGGCACAGCUGCGCUCCUACCAACAGGAGGGCGUGAACUGGUUGGCAUUCCUUAACAAGUACAGUCUGCACGGAAUUCUGUGCGAUGACAUGGGCUUGGGCAAAACGCUACAGUCCAUCUGCAUACUUGCCUCGGACCACCACAAGAGGGAGCAGUUGUACAAGGAGACGCAGCGUGCGGAUGCCAAGCCACUGCCCUCGCUGGUUGUGUGCCCACCAACGCUGACAGGUCACUGGGUGUACGAGGUGGAGAAGUUUGUCGCCAGCAAGUACUUGCAGCCACUGCACUACACGGGUCCCCCCAUGGAGCGUGCCAGGCUGCAGGAAAAGGCACGCAAGCACAACCUGGUGGUGGCCUCGUACGACAUAGUGCGCAACGACAUUGAGUUUUUUGCCACCAUCCGGUGGAACUACUGCAUCCUUGAUGAGGGGCACAUCAUCAAGAAUGGACGAACUAAGCUGGCGCGUGCCCUGAAGCAGCUGCAGGCCAACCACAGGCUCAUCCUGACGGGCACCCCCAUCCAGAACCAGGUGCUCGACCUGUGGUCCCUGUUCGACUUCCUGAUGCCAGGGUUCCUGGGCACCGAGCGCCAGUUUGCGCAGCGCUUCAGCCGGCCCAUCCUGCAGUCACGUGACGCCAAGUCCUCCUCCCGAGAACAGGAGGCCGGAGUGCUGGCCAUGGAGAGCCUGCACCGUCAAGUCCUGCCAUUCCUGCUGCGCAGGGUCAAGGACGAUGUCCUGCAAGAUCUGCCCCCCAAGAUCAUCCAGGACUACUACUGUGAGCUGAGCCCUCUACAGGUGCAACUGUACGAAGAUUUUGCCAAAAGCCGCGCCAAGAAGUCUGUGGACGACUCGGUUGCAGGGGCUGCCGAGGACCAGCCCGUCAACUCGCACGCCACCGCUCACGUGUUCCAGGCUCUGCAGUACCUGCGCAAGGUGUGCAAUCACCCGAAGCUGGUGUUGAACCCUCAGCACCCCGAGUACAGCCGCAUCAUGGCCGGCCUCCAGCAGUCCGAGUCUUCCCUCUCAGAUAUCAACCAUGCCGCUAAGCUGCGCUCACUCAGGCAACUGUUGCUGGACUGUGGCAUUGGGACAGCUGCCCAGCCCGAGCAGGAGAGCGUGGUGCAUGCCCACCGGGCCCUCAUCUUCUGCCAGCUGAAGGGCAUGCUCGACAUCCUGGAGAAGGACCUGCUCAUGGCACACAUGAGCAGCGUCAGCUACCUCCGCCUGGAUGGCAGCGUGGCCCCGGGCCAGCGACAGGCGCUGGUCCAGCGCUUCAAUGCGGACCCCUCCAUCGACGUGCUGCUGCUGACCACGCAGGUCGGUGGGCUGGGCCUCAACCUGACUGGCGCCGACACGGUCAUCUUCGUUGAGCACGACUGGAACCCGAUGAAGGACCUACAGGCCAUGGAUCGUGCCCACCGGAUUGGCCAAAAGAAAGUGGUCAAUGUUUACCGACUGAUCACCAGGGGCACCCUCGAAGAGAAGAUCAUGGGGCUGCAGAAGUUCAAGCUGACCAUUGCCAACACGGUGAUCACGCAAGAGAACAGCAGCCUGAACACCAUGGGCACCGACCAGCUGCUCGACUUGUUCACGCUCGACUCGGACGGUGCCAAGGCGGACACAAUGCUGGACACUGCGCAGAACUCCUCCGCGGGCCCAUCGCGUGUCGGCAUGAGAGGGGUGCUGGAAAGCCUCCCCGAGCUGUGGGACUCCUCCAAGUACGACUCCGAGUAUGACCUGGGAAACUUUCUCAGCACACUGAAGCCUAAGUGAUGGAAGGUGCGACACCUGUGUGGAUUCAGUUGGUGUACAGUAACUGCUGCUAAUGACAGUCGUGGGGAGUUGGAGGGGGGGGGGGGGGGUCUCUCGACGGACAGAUUCGCGGGUGGCCAUGGCUCAACCAUUUGCAGGCUCCAUUGUGGCCCAGUUUGCUGCACAUCGCUGUCGACCAAGUCAGCAGUGUAGUGGCAACGCAUAUUAUUCAUCGGUAGAUUAUGAUGGCCAUGUUGCAACACAGACAAAAGAAAGUGAAUUGUCUUUUAUGGCUUCGUCGAGAUCCUGUGGUGUUUACAGUUUCGGUUGACUAUCUGUUGUGACUUGACAGUGAUCUUUUUGGUUACACAUAUUGAACUGGGCAGCAAUGGAAGACAGCCUGUCGUGAAUUUGUUGCAAAUGUGUGUGAACUUGUGACACAGGACGUGGUGAGUAGUAGUGCAUUCAGUCUUGUGACUAUGAUGGUGGUCAUUGGGCAAUAAGUGCUGGGCGGAGAGCUGGGGUUGCCAUGUCCAUCUAAGCAAGGCUUUGUGAGAGAGUAGUGAGCUUUAGCACCUGUCUAUUCCGGGUUGUGGGAAGGCAGACAUUUUCCCAGCUAAGUUGGUGUUUUGGAUGACCAUUUCUGGCAAUAAAUGGAAAGAUGGGAUGUCCGUGCAAGAGGACACGGUGCAUUUGUGGUCAUCGUCAAAUUGUGACAUUGCAUUCCGUGGGACAGAGGUUUAACACAGACUUCUUUAAGAUUGUGGUCACUUGCUGCAUGAACCGUGGGGACAUUCAAAAUGUGCUUAGUUUUCUUAUUGCCACCAGAAUGACGGUACCCUUUGUAACUAACAAUACCGAUUGCCAGUGUGUGUGCGCAUUAAGGGGUGCGCCUUGAGCUGUUUUUACGUGUCCUAAUGCGCCUCUAUUGUGGUGCGUACGACUGAGUGCUGGCGAUUGUCGUACUUGCGCAAAAAUGCCAGCAGUGCCAAGUGUCAAGUCGAUGCAUGGAGGAAGAAAAAAAACUGAGGAGGGGCCCCGACGUCACUCUUCGCGAAGCUAAAGUGACGCCAGAAGUCGGCACUACUCCGCCAUCGCGUCAGGCCAGGUUCUCCUCUCUUGUUUACAUUUCUUGCCUUCGCACUACCAUAGGCAAAAACACGCCAGGAUGCGCACCGUAGCGAUUUGACCAACGGUCCAAUCGUGGUGUAUUUCAUUGCGAUACAACCUAUGCAGAGCCCAUCUGCAGUUUAUCAGAACAAACACGCAUGCCGGUCGUGGCUUCGUCGGAAUCAUUUUGCUUUGCUGAACACGUUUCGGGUGGCCACUCACAGUGAAGGUGUGACAAACCAGAGCGCACUGACGAACAGUCCGGCAGAGAAGAACGUCGAUACACGUUUAAAUACACCAACUUUGGCCUCGCGGUAAGUGAAACUUCACGGAAACAAAGUACUGCAGUGCCGUACAGUAAAUUAGUAUGCAUGUGAAUAGCGUGUUGACUGGGUCUAUGUACGUGCAGGCGUACACUCUUCUGCCAAGCCUUGUUCACUCUUGCGUCCACAUCCGCGUCCACAUCCGCAAACCACAUCCGCGAACGUUUACUUCCCUGGGCCCCUCGAGCAUGCAGAUAAGAUUACUGCAGUAAAGGGGUUUCGUCCCUUUAUUACUCACAGCAGCCACCUCAUUUCCAUCCUUCCAUGUGGCUGUUUUACGUGCCACAAAUGCAUCGUCCGCUGUCAAAAGCAGGAACACUGCACAGCUGUCACUGACGUGCAAAGUGUUUAUCGUGCAUAAUCUGAAGCACAGCAGUUUCAGUCUCUGAGGACACAUUAGCAUGAAUCCACCGAAGACGGGGAAAAUAUCCCCAUGUCGUCUUUCGUCUAUGGUGUGGUUAACGGUGUUGCAUAUGCACUCGUUUCACACUUUUUGCUUCUUCCAGUCCCACCUGGCCACAACAGCUGGGAGAGCACAAUCUGCAUAACACAGUGCAGUACAAGACACGGAGACUAACGCAAUCUAGCAAACACGACACCUUUGUCACUGUACUAAGCCCAUGGAACAAUCUGUGUGAGCGCACACGACCAUAACAAAGCUGCCAUUGUGACCCAAGAACAUGGCCGCCACAGGGAAAGAAAGAAGAAAAAAAAGCAAUGAAAAGGAGAAAAUACACGUCAAUUCCUCCACACUUUUCUCCUAGCGCGCGGAGGUGGUAGGGUCUCUCCUCAGUUUUUCCCUUCCUUCAUGUAUCAGUGUAAAAACGAGCCCAUUGGGCACUUUCAUAUCUCUUGUCGGAUUCGCAUGUGUAGUCACCCGGCAGGUUUGUGGCAUGACUUUGUCAUGUUGUGCAGCUGUGGUGCCAGUUGGCUUGUAACACUUGUAACCGACUGGAACAGUGUUCUCCUCCAGUUCACCAAGGUUAGUGUGUGGAAAUCUUUGUCAGUGGUUCACCUCUGUGCAUUGCCACGGUAAUGUGUCUUUGGGGCUGCAUUUCGCCGGAGCCAUACACACAUGUAGCUACUUGGGAUGCCAAAGGUAUUUUACUGUCAAGAAGCUUGUGCCUAAACUUAACUGAAGUUAUGCUUAAACUUGGAAGCUUGAGCGCAUUAGUGGUUACAUGUGUGCAUGUUCAGCUGAUAAUUCUGGAUCACUUGUUGCAUAGUGGUGACUGGGCUGUUUGUCACAAGGUGAGAUCUUAAUUGUCUGUCACAAGGUUAGGUUUUUGGAUAGCUUGACCUCUGUACUUGCUUUAUCUGAAGAACUAAGGUUCUUAUAGCAGAAACUAUCUGUGCAGGCAAGCACUGCAAGUUGCUCGAGUCUCGCACAGAGCCAAGGCUUUCUUUUUUAAAAAUUGCAGUAGGUAUAAGGGUGAAAGGUAACAAUUCGAACCUUAAUGUUUUUCAUUGUAAAUCUUCAUUGUAACAAAGUCAACUUGUAGUAAAACCUGUUCCAGAGUGUAUGCGAGUGCUCGCAAAUAGCUUUAUAAUGUAUUAAGUUAUGUAUUUAUUUCAGUAGCUUUCUUGAAACAGAUGUGCUUGUUUAUUUCUUCUCUUCCAUCUUAAGCUACCUGCAGUGUAACUUAUGUUCAACAUUUUGAGUGCUCUAUCAACUGCCAUAUCAUAUUCAAAGAAGUAAAAACAAUGAAGACGGCACACGUAGUAAUAUAAAGAUCCGCACCGAGAGGAGGCCCUCCUCCUCAUCUGGGUAGCAGUGUGCACCACCCAAGCUCAUUUCACCGACCGGUGAUGGACCUAUAAGUGGAAAGAAAAAGAACAUUGGUAAAGUUGAUGCGCAUUUCUCUCUGGCUCUGUGGGAUGGGGUGUUUGUUCUCUCAGCAAAGCCUUUGUCUGCCUAGAUUGCCAAAAAGGCUGGCAGUGAGUUCAAACAUGUAUACUCAUUUUUGUAUGUGGUGGUAUCGUUUGUGGUUGUCGAGUCCUUUCAUGUGCCACGCCAUAUUACCUGUAUUGUCUUCUUGGCCUGUGUUCUCCCGCACGCAGUCUGUGCCACAUCUUGCGUGUAACGUUUUGCCGUCCGUGAGUGUUCUUCAUAAGUCGUAAGGGCACUCGUGGUGGUCUCUUUUUUGUUGAAUAGAAAUUGGUCACACUUUAGAAACGCGAUGCAUUGUGCCCCUUAGUGAUGUGCAAGGCAUCGUUUCCGUCUUGGCUGUGUGAAGCUAUGAGGACGAUUUGUCCGGCAUUUGUGCUUUUUCCCCCUAGGAAAGUGCAGUAUGUGAGAGGGGAAGGGGGCAUUGCCAAUGCAUGUGUGCAUGGUGAGCAAGUUCAUUGCCAGCACAUGCAAGUUCAUGGGUGGAAGUACACUUUUGUUGAUGUCCAUUUCACUGUGAUUUUUGUCUUUGCAGUCUAAAUGAAAUGUCAUUCACAAUGAU